CUGCCACGCCUUCUCUCUUCUCCUGCAUCUCUCUCUCUCUCUCUCCCCAUCAGCUGGUGUGAGUCUUGGAUAGGAGGAAGAAGAAGAUGACGGCCAAGGACUGCGGUCAGCACGGGGAGUGUUGCGAGAGGCGGAAGCGCAACCGGCGCAUCUUCGGAUGCAUCCUCGCUACCAUAAUUGUGAUCCUCCUCAUCAUCCUGAUCGUCUGGCUGGCGCUACGCCCCACCAAGCCCCGGUUCUACCUGCAGGACGCGGUGGUGCUGCAGUUCAACUACACCGGGCCGCCCAGCAACCUGCUCUCCACCGUCAUCCAGGUGACCCUCUCCUCCCGCAACCCCAACGACCGCGUCGGCAUCUACUACGACCGCCUCGACGUCUACGCCGCCUACAAGUACCAGCAGAUCAGCGUCGCCUCCGCCCUUCCCCCGAUGUACCAGGGCCACAACGACAUCGACGUCUGGUCCCCCUACCUCUACGGCCCCGACGUCCCGGUGGCGCCGUACCUCUGCGACCCCCUCACCCAGGACGAGUCCUCCGGCUUCCUCCUCCUCCACGUCAAGAUCGACGGCCGCAUCCGGUGGAAGGUCGGCUCCUGGAUCUCCGGCCAUUACCACCUCUUCGUCAGCUGCCCGGCCUUCCUCACCUUCCAGAACGGAAGAUCGGGAUCCGGCGCCACCGUCAAGUUCCAGCAGAUGUCAUCCUGCAGCGUCGAGGUUUAACAAGGAGCGGCCCAGGCAGAUGUCAUCCUGUUGCCGAGCUCCUCCACUUUCCAUCUUUAGCUUCUCUUUUUGGUUAGCGAUGACGUACUCUGUUUCAUGUGAUCCAGUAGGCGGCCAGGCUGUGUGAUAUAUAUAUAUAUAUAUAGGGCUGAAGGAGGAGGGAGGGCAGAAAUAAAAGAAAGACCAAUAUAAAAUGAUGUAUUUGCAAGGCAAUUGUUUAUAUUAAUAAUCUUAAUUAAUAUUAUUAUCAUUAUUAUGUGAUCAA